AUGAACGAUCUUUCGCUCCAAAACAAGUACAGUAAACUUGUUGGGAAACAUGUCCUCGUGAUCGGAGGCACCUCGGGGGUUGGAUUCGCUGUCGCCAGGGCCUCACUGGCUGCGUCAGCUAUAGUUUCCAUCUCCUCUUCCUCCGCCGAGCAUGUUGAGCUGAGAAAGCAAGACCUAUUAGGCGAGUUCCCAAAUGCCCAGGUCCAGGGCCACGGGUGUGAUCUGUCGAAAGAUUCCGUGGAACAGGAGAUUGAGGUGUUGUUUAGAAAGGUCGGCCAGGUCGAUCAUGUCGUCUUCACGGCUGCGAAUCGCUUAGCUAGUACACCGGUCCAAAUAAUCACAAGUGAGAAGAUCGUCGCUGCUGGACAACUACGUUUCAUUGCGCCAAUCCUCGUGGCAAAGAUCGGCAGCCGACAUAUCUCACCUGGCCCCGAAUCAUCGAUGACUAUGACCACCGGAAGUUACGCAGGUGCCAUUUGCAGUGUGACCCGCAACUUGGCUCUUGAUCUGAAACCAGUACGGGUCAAUGCUGUCAGUCCUGGGCUUGUGGAUACAGAGAUGUGGGAUACAGCUAUGACCGCGGAACAGAAAGAGAGCUUAUACGGAUCGCAAGCUGCUAGAUACCCCACCGGGAGGGUGGCGAAGCCUGAAGAUGUUGCUGAGGCCUAUAUUUAUUUAAUGAAGGAUACCAACACGACUGGGCAAAUUGUCUGUUCCGAUUCAGGUGGUUCGCUCAUCUAG